AUGACAGUCCCAAUACCAAACGGUCAUGCAUUUCUCGAAAGACUCUUCUUGCAUGUCGACGAGGAAGUCAACAAAAAACCAGACCAGGAGCUAGAUGGACGAGGCAUUUCAAAGAUCCUCUACGCAUCACAGCACUUCAACAAGUAUGUCAAGCAGAAGUGGCUUAAAACGACGCCCAGCGAGGGUUCCUUCGUUCUCAUGCAUGGGGGUAUGGCGGCUGUCGUUGCUAAUACUCUCUUUGAUGAUGAUUUCCUCAACAUUGUUGGAAUUAUCGACUGGGAAUGGAGUCAAGUCCUUUGGGGAUCAGUGCUGAUUUUGUGA